AUGCAGAAUAUAGGUUUUUAUUUUUCUGUGAGUGCUGAGGCUGACUCAUAUUUUCUUCUACCAAGUCGUGAUCGGGAUCCUCGUGUGCAGAUCACGGCUGUCUCUCUUCUAUUCAUCUCGUCUGUAAUGCGCGUUACGUCUAAGGUAAGUAGUGCUACAACUAUGACGGCCAAUAUUGUUACUUGCCAGGAGAGACGCACGACGCCCGCACUCCGCCCUCUGAUAGAUAACAAUUUACUAGGUACUUCACUGUUUGCGAUCUAUCAUGAUCAUGAUGGUGGCCAUUUGUUGUGUCUGUUGCACGACAAAGCCACUUUCACUAGAGCUAGUUUCAUGAUGUCAAAAAGUCCUAACGAAAAAAGAUAACAUCAUCUAUAUGAUAUGGUGUAAAACUACAGGGAGACUCGGACUUGAUUGGUGUUAGUGUCUCAGAGUUGGUGAUAGUGACAGUCUCAGAGUAUCAGUUUUUGAGAACCGAGAAAAUCCAAUCGUUCCCAAACCAAUCGUUUUCAUUGAGAUGACUGAAACUUGAUGCUCAUACAGUAGAUGCUCCUAACGGCGCCAUUACAGGUUGUGAGUAAUUGGCUGCGGAUGACGGCGAGUCGAUUCCUAUACUCUUCUAUCUUAGUAUUUGUAUUCAUUGUACCAAUUACUCGGUAGAUCUGACUGAGAAUAUGAAUAGAAAAGGCAGCUAUGAUUAUGUUCUCGACAAGGUACUACGAACUACUUGCGAAACACUUGAUGUUCUUGGGUGGAUGUGUGUCUUCACUUCUCUGUGAAAGAACUUGAACUCUCGAAUAGAUAGUCGUCCAACCAUGCUUGAUCUAACAAAUAAUUAUACAUUGUUUUCACAAACACAACACUUAGAAUUCGUAUUCGUUGCAUGAGUAAAACCAUACUUCCUAGACUGAA